AUGACUGCGUGGCAAGCAACAUCAAAAGGCCACAAGCAACAGCAACAGCAGCAGCAGCAACAAGAAGCAGGAAGCGGCAGCAACGGCAACCUGGUUGCUGCCACACCGGCAACAACAUCGAGCCAUUGCAAUUUGCAUUUAAUUGUUGUGAUUAUCUUGGCCUGCUGCACACGCUGGCUCUAUGGCUUGCCGGAUGGCCGUGCCACCUGCCGUUCAGUGCCUGGAUUGACCAAGGACCAAGUGGAGCUUUGCUACAAGGCCAGUGAUGUGACAGCAGCUGCUCUGGAAGGACUCGAUAUGGCCAUACGUGAAUGCCAAAUUCAGUUUCAAUGGCACCGCUGGAACUGUUCGUCGCUGAGCACAAAGAGCCGCAAUCCGCAUGCCUCCAGUUUGCUGAAGAAAGGCUACCGGGAAAGUGCAUUCGCCUUCGCCAUCUCAGCCGCCGGUGUGGCCCACAGUGUGGCCCGGGCCUGCAGUCAAGGCCGUUUGAUGUCCUGCGGCUGUGAUCCCACCAUUAAUCGCAAAACGUUGAACAAGAACCUGCGCCAGUCGCUCGACAAGGAGAAGAAACAGUUUCUCCAGUACUUGGAGACCAACCAGAUCCUCACGCCCGAGGAGGAGAAGAAGUACGAAAGAUCCAAGAUCGCCAGUCGCUGGAAAUGGGGCGGCUGCUCCCACAACAUGGACUUUGGGGUGGAGUACUCCAAGUUGUUUCUUGACUGCCGCGAAAAGGCCGGCGACAUACAGUCCAAGAUCAAUCUGCACAACAAUCAUGCCGGCAGGAUAUCCGUUUCCAACAACAUGGAGUUCCGUUGCAAAUGCCAUGGCAUGUCCGGCAGCUGUCAGCUGAAAACCUGCUGGAAAUCCGCCCCCGACUUUCACAUUGUGGGCAAAGUGCUGAAGCAUCAGUUUCGCAAGGCCAUACUUGUGGAUCAAUCGAAUUUGGGUAAUGGAGAGCCAGUAGUUGUCUUAAAAAGAGCGCGAAAUAAGAAGUCUAAUGGAGGCAGUGGCUCGGGAUCCUUGUCCACCGAUCUGGAUGCCAUAGAUGCUUCGGGGCUGGAUGGAGGCGGAGCUGGGGAUUCGGAAUUAACGCGACGCCAUGAAGGUGUCGGCGUGGAGCGAGGAAAUCGGCAGCCAAAUUCUGAUAAGAAUGCUGCCAGGAUGGCCCGAAAGCUGGAGACCUCGCUGUUCUAUUAUCAAAGAUCACCAAAUUUUUGUGAACGGGAUCUGGGAGCAGAUAUACAGGGCACCGUGGGUCGAAAAUGUAAUCGUAAUACCACGACCAGUGAUGGAUGCGCCUCCCUCUGCUGUGGGCGUGGCCACAGCCAGGUGAUCGAGCGGCGGGCGGAGCGGUGUCACUGUAAAUUUCAAUGGUGCUGUAGUGUGGAGUGCGAGGAGUGCCACGUGGAGGAGUGGAUUAGUAUAUGCAAUUGA